AUGAGCGCAGGCUAUCCGACGGUCUCGCAAGCUCUCAGGGUCGCCUCUAGAGCAGCAUGGCGUCGACCGCAGCGAUCUCUGUUCCAAAAAUGCCCGGAAUGUAGACAUAUAUCACGAACCGCGAUCCGCCGGAGGCAACCCGCAGAUGACCCAAACUUUUUAUCCAUCUUGGAUAACCCUCCGAAUAUUGUGAGGUCAGGGGGGAAGAAGCAUGGGCCGGGGCUUAUAGUGCUUGCUUUGAUCCCGAUAAUAGCAUUCGGAUUGGGGACAUGGCAGGUCCAGCGAUUGGGCUGGAAAUCCGAGCUGAUGGCAAGAUUCGAAGAUCGACUUGUUCGCGAUCCGCUACCGUUACCACCGCAUAUUGAUCCAAGUGCCAUCAAGGACUUCGAUUACCGACGAGUCUUCGCUACGGGCCACUUCCGCCACGACCAGGAGAUGCUUAUAGGACCGCGUUUGAACGAGGGGAAAGAUGGUUAUCUUGUGAUCACACCGCUUGAGCGUGAAGGAGACGGGACUACGGUGUUGGUGAAUAGAGGGUGGAUAGCAAAGAAGUUCAAGGAUCCGAAGACUCGCGCUGAUGGUCUACCUAUUGGCGAAAUCACAGUCGAGGGAUUGUUACGGGAGCCCUGGAAGAAGAACAUGUUCACGCCGGAUAACAGCCCAGAGAAGAACGAAUUCUAUUUCCCGGAUGUUGCGCAGAUGGCAGCGUUGACGGGGAGCCAAGCUGUGUGGGUGGAGGAGACUAUGGCACCAAACCUCAUGACUUCUUGGGACAGAGAGGCUCGUGGUAUUCCUAUUGGAAGGGCUCCUGAGGUCAAUUUGAGGAAUAAUCAUGCUCAGUAUAUAUUUACAUGGUAUGCGCUUGCCGCUGCAACAUCGAUAAUGCUCUGGAUGGUUAUCAAAAAGCCUCCGACCGAUGUUGCUCGUAAAGUGAGGCAGAAUAAAGACUGGUCAUAA